AUGCAACGCGGUAACAUAGUCAUUUCCUUCUACAAGCGCGAUCGCACCGCGACAUUCGCAACACAGAUGUUCGGUGACAGUGGCGCCGCCGUACUAUGGAGCCGCAUCCUCCAAGCCGACAUCCGCGACGACUCACGGGCAUUGGUCAGAGAUACCCGUCCGCACGUCGGCGUCCAAAUACGCAUCGACCGGUGUACCCCUCCGCCUGGCGCCUUACACGACGCGCACGGAUGGAUCAUGGACUACCCCUGCACCACCACCUCAAACCAAGCCGAACGUAUCGUGCGCCAAAAGCUCUACACUAUCAAAAACGGUACGGGCACGCCGACCAGGGAGAACACCGUGCGGUACCGCGGGCUUCCUGCGCCUUUCUUCUUCUUGCGUGAAGAUGUGAGAGGCUGGAAUGAUUGGAGUGUCGGGGUGUCGCUGGAAGAGGUACACGAGGACAAGGCCGUUACCGUGCUGGCCAACCACAAGCAUCCGUAUAUGCAGGGAAUGACGGAGGGCGGCGAUACGUGUAGCAUGUGGGUGAUCUUCCCGUGGAAAGACGAAUGGCACGAAUAUCGUAUCCAGCCCAAGGCAAGACGGCUGACUAAUGCCGACUUCGUAAGGAAGGUGGCGGGCGCGAUUGAGAACAUCUGGAAUAUGCUCGGUAUCCCGGUCUCGUCCGCUCGCGCCAGUGUGAAGCUGAUCGGCGUCAUCUACGGGUCUCAGAGUCGGCUUCAAGUCAUACUGGAAGCUCCUCUCACGGAGAGGUUGCACGAGCACAGUUCGUGGUGA